UCCAGCCUCCGCCGGCGGAGCUCCACUAUGCCAGACAGUUUCGACACUUUGCUAAGACAAAGACCAGAGGGAGGAGGACGAGGAGGACGAGCAGGACGAGGAGGAGGAGAGAGAGCAGGAAGGGGCGAUGUGAGCUGGGAAGGGGGCGAGUGCUCGGGACACCCCCCUCUUCUUCUCCUCCGGAUCCCCGCGUCCCCCAAAGCCCCGGAAACUUCCGCGUGUCUCCGGCUGCGCUGGUACCGUUUUCAGAUUCAACCUUUCUGAACGUGGAAAUGCCAGUAGCAGUUAUUAGCAUCUGCAGCGGCUGCAGUGAGCAGACACUUUGAGCUUUGUGGCCACAGACAGCUGUCUGAGGACCAGAGAUGGACAAUCCCGCAGCCCACUGAGAUGCAGAAACUGAGGUUCAGAGAGGUUAAGGAACUCCCCAGAGAUCACACAGCCGAUGACAGACAACCCUCUGUGCCUUUGUCAAGCCGGCUGCUUCACCGCCACGUCUCUGGUGACAGCAUAGGCAAGACCAAGUGCUAAUUAAGGAUUGUCACACACCACAUCCCUUCCAGAGGGUGGUGGCAAAGACGGCCUCCCCCUCUCCUGCACCGUGACCCUUCCUUCGGGGUCCUCACCUCUGAGGGACCUCGGACUGUCACGAGGAUUAAUUAUCCCUCAACCCCUUUGGAUGGGAAAGGAAAUCACUGUCAUUAAGUUUUGAUUAAAGCUUCCUCAAGAGACAUCAUCGUCUGUUUAAGGAUUGCGGACGAAGCAGGCCACUUUAUUUCCUGAAAAGACAAAUUAUAUGCCCACAGAGCCAGCCUGCCACGAGUGGUCCACUUAGCCUCUGAGUAUCACGGGUGAUAUACCACACAGCCCAGUGGCCGUGACCCAGCAGAAGUGGCCGUAGGAGGCUUUAAGGUUCCCGGGGAGUCCCUGCCUUGCCCUGCAGUCGAGCCUUUGUCUCUGGGAUCUUUCUUGAAAGUUCCUCCUCGAUUACGUGUGAUUACCUCCGGCAUCCCUGGGAGGCCCCCGAUCAGGAAAGCAGAAACAAGGACCAUGAGGAAAAGAACUCUCAAAGUGCUCACGUUCCUCGUCCUCCUCAUCUUCCUCACCUCCUUCUUCCUGAACUACUCCCAUACCAUGGUGACCACCACCUGGUUCCCCAAGCAGAUGGUCCUCGAGCUCUCAGAGAACUUCAAGAAGCUCGUCAAGUACCCCCUCAGGCCCUGCACCUGCGCCCACUGCAUCGGACAGCGCAGGGUCUCUGCUUGGUUCGAUGAGAGAUUCAACCGGUCCAUGCAGCCACUGCUGACGGCCAAGAACGCGCUCCUGGAGGACGACACAUACAACUGGUGGCUGAGGCUCCAGCGGGAGAAGCAGCCCAGUAACUUGAACGACACCAUCAAGGCGCUGUUCCAGGUGGUGCCCGGGAACGUGGACCCCCUGCUGGAGAAGCGUGCGGUGGGCUGCCGGCGCUGCGCCGUCGUGGGCAACUCGGGCAACCUGAGGGAGUCCUGGUACGGACCUCAGAUAGACAGUCACGACCUCGUGCUCAGGAUGAACAAGGCCCCCACAGUGGGCUUUGAGUCUGACGUCGGGAGCAAGACCACCCACCACCUCAUGUACCCCGAGAGCUUCCGGGAGCUGGCGGACAAUGUCAGCAUGGUCCUGGUCCCCUUCAAGACCAUGGACCUGGAGUGGGUGGUCAGCGCCACCACCACAGGCACCAUCUCCCACACCUACGUUCCUGUCCCCACGAAGAUCAAAGUGAAAAAGAAUAAGAUCCUGAUUUACCACCCGGCCUUCAUCAAGUACGUCUUCGACAGCUGGCUUCAGGGCCACGGGCGGUACCCAUCCACUGGCAUCCUCUCGGUCAUCUUCUCACUGCACAUCUGUGAUGAGGUGGACCUGUACGGCUUCGGGGCGGACAGCAAAGGAAACUGGCACCACUACUGGGAGAACAACCCGUCGGCGGGGGCUUUUCGGAAGACCGGGGUGCACGAUGGGGACUUUGAGUCCAACGUGACGGCCACCUUGGCAUCCAUCAGCAAAAUCCGGAUCUUCAAGGGAAGAUGACGCUGCGAAGGGUUCAGGGCAGAUGCACCAGAGCGCACCUCUCCACAGCCUGACCCAGCUUCUCGCCGGAGCCGUUCUGUUCCGGGAACUUGGAGGGACAGCCUCAGGGGUGUGCCCAGGUGCCCCUUGCAGCCUCUUGCACCCCAACGUUCGGCAGCAUCUACUCAGCAAGGUCGCCAAGCCCUGCCAGGACUGCAGAACCAAUCUCGGGUGGGGAGACCCCCCUCGCUGCUGUUCUGGGCUGGGGGGAGGUGGGGACACUCGGGAGAGGUCCGUUCGAAGAUUCCCAUGUUCUAAAGGAGAGGAUGGUCUCCCGGGGAGGAUGUGCAGAGACUCUCCUCUGCGGAGGGGCCUGGGGCCAACGCUCUAAUUUUCUCUGGGAAGUUCCUGGGUGAGGAUGACCUCCAGGACAGCCACGUGGGGCCUCCCUCAUGUGGCAGGACCACCCCACCUCCCCUUUCUGCCCACAGCUCAUUUACAGUGGCCAGGGGGGCUCCCCACCCCAAAGGUCUUCAGAGACUUUAAAUACCCAGGACAUGUCUUCUCCUCAAGUUCGUGUUCCCUUGAGUAAUCAAUCUUUGUGGCUAUCAUGAUGGCGGAGAGCAGCUCUGAUGCCUUCUGUGUGCCUUUGUAUUUGGGAGAGUAACACACGCACUGGCUGAAAUGAGGCAGAAGCUCCGACUUGGAAAGGGGGACCCCAGCCAUGCACUCCCCUCGCUCUGUAUCUGGGGACAGUUUUCUAGUUUCCUGAGCCAGCGUCUGAGUUGGAACAAAGCUCAGCUCCAUCCAGAGGCCCAAGCCAUGGACCGUCCUUUCUGAUUUUCACAGACUGUUGGAUUUGGUGCCUGUAACCUUCAGAGCCGUGCAGGGGGCCGCCACCAGCCAGCAGUUUCCCCAGGAGUCGACGCUCUGGACCAGAUCCCUCCUGGCCACCUGCGUGGUGUCCUGGCGGUUGUGGGGACAUUCUAGGAAUGUGACCAUCAGAGGGGAGAAGUCAUACCUCAUCCUUCAUGUCCCAGCUGCUCUUUCUUCCUUGUCAGCCUUCCUGAUUAUUUAUUGUUCUGUUUUUUAGAUUCAGCUGACGUCGUCUGCACUUUGUGACUCAAUUGCUCUCGCUUCUGCUGGCAGCUGGGGUGUGGGUGUUCAAAGCCAGGUUUGUAGGAACCCUCAGACGUGGGGUUACCGCCAUGAUGUCUAGGCUAGUGGGCAAAUCAUGGGGUGUCAGGUUGGUAGGUUUGCAGAAUGCCGUGUACCUCCUUCUCUCCCAGCCCUCCCUUUCUUCUUUCUCAUAUGGGCUUAGAUUCACUCUCAGGCUAGGAGUUGCCAAACCCAGCGGAACUGCCUUGGGGCUGGGUGGGGAGUAGAGUCGCAGGCAGAAGAGGACAGUGAGAUUGUUGGCUCCAGUUACUGACAUUUAAUCAAAGAAAACAAAAACAAAACAAAACAAACUCCAUUUUUCCUGUCGAGAGCAUUUCCUAAAAAGGCCACUGAUACUUUGAGGAGGUGCGACUGUGUCCUGGUGGAGUGUGAAGGAUGCCAGUCUGAGAAGCCAGGGGGCCUGCCUCUGCUGCUCCCUGCAGCCCUCUGGAUAAGCCCUGCCCUCCCCAGCCUCAGUUUCUCCCUCUGCAAAUGGAGAGGAAGGAAUCAUGAGAGGUCAUGGUAUCGGACAUUCACAAGCGCCCCUAGAAGUCACACACCACAUUUGUUUUUCCCCUGAGUCUCUGUAUACGAGUAUUUUCCUGGGGAGAGGUUCUAGUUUUUAUUUGAUUCUCAAAAAUUCAGGAGCCAGAAAGUUUUUUUUUUUAAAGCAAACAAACAAAAACCUGUUCCAGCUUUAAAAUUCUCCAAAACUGAAGACUCUCUUGACAGAUAAAGCCUUGUAAAUUGCCUUGAGGUCAUUAUUCUGAACGUAAAUCCUCAGAGGCCAGAGUUCAUGGCAGUGCUUGACGUGAGGAACUCGGCAAACGUGUUGGUCAGCUGAUUAAUCCCAGGGACAAACCUUACAGAAAUGGACUCUGACGCAGGGAGCAGUGUGGGCCGACCCCUAAGCUCUCUCUCCCCUUCUCCUGAAAGCCGAGUCUGUUCCGGACGAUGGGGUCGGAGGGAGCGCUCGGCUUCUCUGGAUGUGCUGAGUGAGGUCCCCAGAGUAGGCAGGUGUCCACGGCUGAGCUGCACGCCACCUGGUCAGAUGCCUGGUCCCCACCCCGUCUCUCCCUCCCACUAGGCUGUUCACUGUGAGAUGCCUUUCAGCCCUCAGAUCCCAUUUUACAGAUGCGAAAAGCAAGGCCAGAGCAGGGAAGUGACUGCAAAAGUGAACCAAUGGUGAAACAGAUUUUGAGCCGAAAGAGGGUGUUAUUGGCCCCAUGUUAUAACAUCUAGAGGUGGGCUUUCCCAGCCAGGCUCAUCCAGCCCCUCAAAGAACUGUAGUUGGUGUAGGUUUUUCUGACUGCAAGCCUCUCACCACCAGGCUUCGUUCUCAGGCUGCGCACGGUGGCCCGAGACAAGCUGGCACCUCGGCCUUCUCACAGCAUCCUCCCAGUGGAGGAGACAGCAGCGUGCUUUCCCAUAGCUGCGGUAGACGUCACUCUGUGUCUGUCUCAUUGGCGUAACAACGGCCACCUAACCGAAUAGAGCCAGCCAACGUGGCCGGGAUUAAUGCACCAUUGCCUUAAACCAGCGGGGCCCAUACCUGGGGUCAGGGCGGCUGAGAACUGGGAAAGAGGGUUUCCCGUGGGGGUUUGGCCGUCAGCUGGAGGAUGAGAAGGACCCACAUGGGAAGGCUCCUCUCAUGACCAGUAUAUGCAGCUGGGCUUCCCGGGAUCCCAGCCCAGGGCUCUGAUGUGCAUAUAGUCGGAGAGCUCCUUAGAGACCAGCCCCGGGCAUGGAGCAGAGGUGUCUGCCUGCAACAAUCAGUGCUGAGCCUGAAGCCAAAAAAGGCCAGGCUGAUGAGGGAGAAAGAUGUCAGCAACAUCCCAGGCUUCCGACUCCCCCAGGGAACGAGGAGGCUGCUUUCUCAAGCUGGAGCAAAACCAACACCUGCAGCCACACCCUGCUGGAGCCCCUGCCCUCACCCACCUGUAGGGGAAGGAAGGAGGAUGGGUUUGUAGUGAUCUGGGGCAGAGAAGGAAGUUCUUGAAUUGAUGCCUUUUGCCCUGGCUUCAUCGGGUGUCAUCCAGCACACCACGUGGGCUGGGCUUAGUGGGAGAAGCCAGAUCCAAGGCAAUAGGAUGUAAAAGAGAAAAGCCAGGUAAGGGGGGAGGGACAGGCAGCUCCUGUAGGGGGAGGGCAGAUAGGAGGCUUGAUGGUGUCCCAGGCUCUGCUGUGGCCAGAAGGACCAGCGAGAGGCCCAUCCUACCUCGAUGCAAACUGGGCCUCUGGGUCAAAGACGGAAUGGAAUCACAGCGAACAUUUAGGACUGUGAUGUUUGCUUUAAGUGUUCUCUGAACCCAAAGGCAAAAUGGAAAACUGAAAAGAGCUCAGUCUCCCUCACGUGGUUGUGGUCGGAAGUGCUUUCUCCGGGGAAGCCAAAGGGACGGGCAACUGUCCUCACUCCUCCAGAGUUCGGGGCUGUCACGGUGUCCAUCGUGGAUAUCUGGUUUGCAGCAGAUGUGGCCACAGGCCACCAGCUGGUCAUCCUCUUGUGGGGUCUGGGCAAACAAGUUUUGAGCCCUCCUGGGGUGGGGGGAGCAGCAAAAAAAAAAAAGAAGAGGGUGUAGGAGGCACAGCAGGCCGGGCAAAGCAGCAUCACACAGCCUGUUCUUACCCAAAGCACUGCGUUUCCUAUGAGCAGCCAGCCUGCCUCCGGCCUCCUGUUUCCCUCCCAGCCCGUCAGAGAUCCAGACUCCUGUACUUGUGUUGAACUUGACCCCGUUGCUCAGCUUCUGAACUGCCAUUGUCGCCCACCUGCCCAAGGUCCUGGUCCGGACGCCAGCUUUCACCUGGGUCUGUGUAGGUUGGACGUGGGUGCACCAUCACAUUCACACUUAACGGAAUUCAUGUCAAAGCCAAAGUUUCCUGAGCACUUUUUCCUCUUCGCAAUCUUGUUGGGUUGGUUGGUGGUGUUUUAAAAUCUGCUUUCUUUGCUCCCCGCCGCCGUCCCCUUGCCUCGCUCCUGUGUUUUUGCAGCUGAGUUCAUCUGGAUACUUUUUGAGUGAAGUUGGCAAGAGUCUGCCUUCCUCAGCCUCUGCUCUGUUUUUUUAUUUUUAAUUUAUUGUUGAAUAUUUCCAAUGAUCUGAAUCAAAGUGAAUAAAAAAAACUAUUUUAUC